AGAAGCCUCAAUCUCGUCGAGAAGCCUGAAGCGCUCAUCUCUUCCUUACAGGCAGCCAAUGAAGAUCUCAGGUCCAAAUUAACAGAUAUUCAAAUUGAACUGCAUCAAGAAAAAUGCAAGGUGACCAAGUUGGAGCGAGAAAAGGUGCAGGAAGGCAAGCGCAUUCGCGAACAGGAGCAGCAUCGGCACACGGUGACGCUGACGGAGCAGCGGGCUCGCUGGCACGAGGAGAAGUUAAAAGAACUCGCAGCUCUGCGGGAAUCGCUGACACGGCAGCACGAGCAGGAGUUAGCGCGUACCGCUAAGAUUAAAGAAGGCGAGAUCCAGCGUCUGCGGACUGCGCUCAGUGCGCUGCGCGACGGCAGCGGCGAGAAAGUGCGCACUGCGCUGACGCUCGAGGCCCGAGAGGAGGCCCGCCGCUUCUUCGACCAGGAGCGCGUCAAACUGCUGCAGGAAAUAGCGGAGCUAAAAUCCUCCAAACGGCAGAAGGAUGAAGCACUUAAUACUGUGAUUUUAGCCGACAAGAUGAAGGCAGGUGACCUGCGCACUGAACAUCAAGCGCACCAGGAGCAGAUUUCCAAGAUCAAGUGGGACAGUGAGAGAGAUGUUCGUCGAUUGGUGGAUGAGAUCAAGGCAAAGGACCGGACGAUCUUUGCGCUGGAGAAAGAGCUGGACACAGCGACAGGCUUCGUGCAGAAGCUCCAGCUGCAGAAGGAUGUGCUUGAUGAGCAGCUGUUUCUGGUGAAAGAGGCAGAAUGCAACCUGGGUAGCCCCAAAAGAGAGAUCCCUGGCCGCGCUGGAGAUGGAGCAGAGCACUGUGGGAGUCCGGACAUGAGAAGAAACCAGAAACGCAUGAGUGAACUCAAAGCCACCAUUCAUAAACUGGAAGACCGCAAUUCAAUCUUACUGGAUGAGAGGAACGAGCUGUUGAAGCGUGUACGAGAAACAGAGAAACAGUGCAAGCCGCUACUGGAGAAGAACAAAUUAUUAAGUAAGAAAAAUGAUGAACUCAGCCAUUCCCUUCAGAGAACGGAGGACAAACUUAAAUCCAUAACCAAGGAGAACCUGGAGAUGAAGGAGAAGAUUACCUCCCAUCCUCCACUGAAGAAACUCAAGUCUCUGAAUGAUCUGGAUCAGGCCAACGAUGAUCAAGAGAUUGAGUUCCUCAAGCUGCAGGUCCUCGAGCAGCAGAGCAUGAUCGAUGAGCUGACACGAGAUAGAGAAAAGCUCUUGAGAAAGAAGAGGCAUAAACGAAGCAGACCUAUAAAGAGGCAUAUUGUUGUAGACACAUUCUAUGGGUAUGAUGAAGAGUCCAUGGAUUCAGAAACUUCCUCUGUGGCUUCCCUGCGCAUGGAUCGAACCCCGGCUACUCCAGAUGAAGACUUAGACGAGGGUCUGGCGGCUGAAGAGUCUGAAUUGCGCUUUAAGCAGCUGACGCGGGAAUAUCAGGCUCUUCAAAGAGCCUAUGCCCUCCUACAGGAGCAGAAAGGAGGUGUGCUGGACGCUGAAAUGGAGGCUAAGGCUCAAGAGCAGCUCCAGGCAGACGUUCAAAGGUAUAAAGCUAAAAUUGAAGACCUGGAGAAAGAGCUCGCUUUAAAAGGACAGGACUCCAGAUGGGUGGAAGAGAAGCAACUGUUCCUCAGGCGCAAUCAAGAGCUGCUGGAGAAGGUUGAAAAGUCUGAGAAUGAAAACGGAAAGCUGCAGCAGGAACUACAGGACUCUAAAGAUCAGAGCGAACUCUUGGAGUUUCGCAUUCUUGAGCUGGAGGAGCGUGAGAGGAGAUCGCCUCCGUUUAACCUUCAAAUCCAUCCGUUCUCUGAGGGAGUGAGCGCGCUGCAGAUCUACUGUAUAAAGGAGGGCGUGAAGGACGUGUGUAUACCAGACCUCAUCAAGCUGCUGGAUAUACUCGGAGAUAACGGGAACUUGAGGAACGAGGAGCAGGUGGCCAUUAUUCAAGCCAGUACCGUGCUGUCGCUCGCUGAGAAGUGGAUUCAGCAGAUCGAAGGCACAGAAGCAGCUCUGCAUCAGAAGAUGAUAGACCUGGAGCUCGAGAUGGAGAUGUUCUGCAAACAGAAGGGUUAUCUGGAGGAGGAGCUGGACUACAGGAAGCAGGCACUGGAUCAGGCCUAUGUGCGAAUCCAGGAGCUGGAGGCGACUCUGUACAACGCACUGCAGCAGGAUAAAGUCAUCAAAUACGGAGAGCCUCUGGACGAGCUGCAGAAGGACGAGUUACGCACAGCUGUGGAGAAACUGCGCAGACAGAUGCUGCGGAAGAGCCGAGAGUUUGACUGUCAGGUGCUGCAGGAGAGGAUGGAGCUGCUCCAUCAGGCCUAUCAGAGGAUCAGAGACCUGGAGGACAAGACUGACAUUCAGAAGAGACAGAUUAAAGAUCUAGAGGAGAAGUUUUUAUUUCUCUUUUUAUUCUUCUCUCUUGCCUUCAUUCUUUGGCCUUGAUGUCUGUGACAUCUCCUGCGGAGGAUCUGAAGCAACCUGGAGCUGUCGCAUGCAACUGCAGUCGUCCGGUUGUAAUGACUCAAGGUGUAUUAGUGGCUGUUUUGUUUUGGUUGUGUGGAAGUGGGAAAUUCAGAGUUAAUGAUUAUAGACUACACUGGGAUUAUCUGGAUUCAACCUCUGUGAAGGACCAGCACAGAGCUCUUGAAAUCACACUUACAGAUCAAUACAAGUGUGACAAAACAUAAUCAUCCACCCAACUAGAGGAUUAUAAAUUAUCUCUGCCAUGCAGGGACCCGUCAUGACCACGUCUUUACUGCAUCGACUGCGACUGCUACCAACCAGAACCUACAGACCUGUUUCUUUCUCACUCUGUCUGCUUGUCUGUCUGUCUGUUUCUCCUCCAACACACACUUUGGGAAAUUAGAAGCGAAAUGUGUGAGUGUGUGAGUGUGUCUUUGCAGACACACUCACACACACACACACAUACAUCCUCUCACAGGAGCUUUGGGUGCUGACUCAGGGCCUGUUAGUAAGGUGACUGUCGCAUCUGUAUUAUCAGGACCCCUUAGGAGAGGUGUCUUCCUUACUGCCUGAAAACAGAAAGUACAAAGAGACAGAUUGAGAGAGAAAGCAAGACCAUCCACUACAAACCAUCCACACUAGCAGUUUUCGUUUACCCCUAGAAAGUUGAGUAGACUGAAAAACUAAUUCUGAGCAGCCUGGUUUUUACAUAAAAAAAAAAUUAAAUCCUCGUAUUGGGCCUCAUUCCUCUAUCACAAGCAAAAUGUUGUUGUAAAUCAUUCUUUAAAACCUUCUUAUGUAAAGGUUCACGCAACAAAACUAUUGUUGCACAGCUUGGGCAAAUAAAACCAUUUUAUAUGACAUGCUACAGUUUACGAAAGUCAUGAUGAAACGGAAGUAGCGACAGAACUUUUCUUCUGUAUUGUGACGUACAUCCAAAUGUAACACGUUAUAGAAAAUAAAAAAUGUACUUGGUGUUAUGCAUCGGUUGUUGAUUGGAUUUUGUGAUGAGGGCACUGCACUUGAAUUAAUGAGCUUGCAGUCGAUUGUAAAACAGGAGCAGGGUUUAAAUUGACUGUAUGAUUGGAGAAAUUCUGCAUACAUUUCCAGAGUAAAGUCUGACGAUUCAUCGGAAAAUCCAUCUAUGAUAUUUUGAUUAAAAAUUGCGAGGUCAAAAAAAAAUAAAAAAAUGAAACACAUACACGUGGAAGCUUGUUUCCACCACUGAAUAAAAAUAAAAAAUGUUAUUGCGACUUCUUAUCUCACAAUUCUGACUUUUUCUCGCAGUUGUGUGAUAUAAACGUACAAAUCUGACUUUUUUUCUCCAAAUUUUCUCACUAUAGCGAGAAAAUGUCAGAAUUAUGAGAAAAAAGUCAGAAUUGUGAGUUUAUAUCCCGCAAUUCUUACUAUAUACAAAGUCAGAAUUGUGAGAUAUGCACUUCCAAUUGUAAGAAAGUAGUCUUUUUUCCUCAGAAUUGUACUUUAUCCCACAGUUUAAGCCUAAUCCCAGACUAAAAUGCAUGUCUGGGAUGUUUUAACUGAAUGAAUCGUGCACUGACAUAUCUUAAAAUAAGUCCGUGCCAUCAGAUGCAAACCAGUAAUGUUUAUUUCCAAGGUACGCUUAUAAAAAACUACUUCAAUGUCCUAAUUGAACUAUGGCCUAAUCCUGGCUUACUCUAAAAUCUGUUUAUGAAACCAGGCCUAUAACUUGCAAUUGCAAGUUUAUAUCACAAUUCUGAGAAAAUAAGUCAUAAUUGCGAGAUAAAAACUCACAAUUGUGAGAAAACUUUUUUCUCGCAAUUCAUACUUUAUUUCUUGCAAUUGAAUUUUUAUAUUAUGCAAUUCUGAUAAAAAAAAAGAAUUGUAAGAUGUAAACUCUCAAUCGCAAGAAAUUGUGACUCUGAAUUGUGAGAUGAAAAGUCGCAAUUUUCUCUUUUUAAUUCAGUGGCGGAAACAGGCUUCCAUAUAUACACGAAAAAAGCCCUCACAAUAAGAUAUAUAACAUGCAUUUGGAAAAUAAAUGGGUUUUAUUUUUAUUACUUGAACUGUUCUUGUGUAAAUUAUUGUACCACAUGACAGUUUUAAAUUUGUUUUAUAAUAUACUGUCGCACCAUGCGCAUUUACAUAACUAAAACCAUUCACAUGCAAGUUUAUGAAAGUGAAAUCUUGUAUAAAUGCAAAAGCAGUAUAUGUAACAAAUAAUUUUUAUUAUUAGAAGUUGCACCAUGUGAGAGUUAAAACGGGUGAAACCAUUCACAUCACAACAGUCACAUCAUGUAACAGCUUCGCACAUAAAACUAUUCUUGUGUAAACUGUCACAUAAAGACAAUAUAGGCCCUACAUAAGAACGGUUUUCAGAUGAUUCCCAUAAUUCUGCUUGUGGUUCAUGAAUGAGGCCCGUUGUCCAAUAAUAUUCCCUGUCUAUGAUCAACAGUACCUCUUUCUGACUGCAGUGUAAUAUAUAUGUUGUUGAUAUGUAAAUGUGUCUCUAUUUCCUCUGAUGUGAAUACACUUCUCCUCCUGCAGCUUGAGCAAUAGAGUCACUUUGCAGUUUAGAAUUUAUUCAUGACUAUAAAUUGCGACUUGUAUUGUGGUGACGGCUGCAGAUGAAAAUGUUUCUGCCUUCCUUAAUUAUCCCUGUAUUUACUCAUCUCUUCCCUAAGCUUCUUCUUUUCUACUCUUUCAAAUGAACAGCUGUAGCAUACCAGCAGGACUUUCACUAACUGGUUUUUACUGAAUGAUCUUUCUAACUCCCUUUAAUUGGCUGCGUCUCUGGCUUGUAAAUAUGUUUUUGGGGCAUUCUGUAUACCCGGUUUGGCUUCAUUUCAUUAAAGUCUAAAUACCUCCUCAGAA